AGUAGUCUUCCUAAUCAAAGUUAAAGAAAAACACAAAGGAAAAUCCCGUGUUAUACGGACUAGUAUGAAUAAAAUAAUAUUUUAUGCAAUGAUUUUGGAGGAGCUUCCUUUAUAUCAAAAGCACCGUUAUCAAGAAAGGGAUGAAAAGCAUCGUUCUGUCAGAGUCAUGAAUAAUGAACACCCACCGCUCAACAUUCACUUCAUUCCUUUCCUAGCACCCGGCCAUCUCAUUCCUCUCUGCAACAUAGCCACACUAUUCGCCGCACGUGGCCACCGCGUCACUGUCAUCACCACUCCCUCCUACGCCCAAAUCCUUCGCAAAUCCAGCCCCUCCCUCCUCCUCCAUGUCGUCGACUUCCCCGCCCAAGAAGUCGGCUUCCCUGACGGCGCAGAACUCAUCUCCGCCGCCAAUGACCUUGAAAGCGCCCGAAAGUUCUUUCACGCCAGCAUGCUCCUCCGCGUCCCCAUCAGCCGUUUCCUAGAGCAGCACCCACCUGAUUGCGUCGUCGCCGACUUCUUCCACCCCUGGGUUCACGACGUGGCGAACAAUCUCCGCAUCACUAGACUCGCCUUCAACGGCUUCUCCCUCUUCACCGUGGCCGCCAUGGAGUCCGUGAGAUCGAACCCCGCACUACUUUCCGACGCCGGCCCCUUUGUCAUCCCCGAUUUUCCCCACCGCAUCACCUUGUGCUCGAGACCACCCAAGAGAGUCACCGCCUUCUUGGAGAGUCUUCUGGAAACAGAGAUGAAGAGCGACGGUCUCAUCGUGAACAACUUCGUGGAGCUAGACGGUGAAGAGUACAUCCAGCACUACGAGAAAGGCAAGGACCACAAAGCCUGGCAUCUUGGGCCAGCAUGUCUGGUCGCGAAAGGCGGCGAAGAGAGGGGCGAAAAGAGCGUGGUGAGCGAUGAAGAGUGUGUGAGUUGGCUGAACUCGAAGCAGGCGAAAUCUGUUGUGUAUGUAUGUUUCGGUAGCAUGUGUCGGUUUCCGGAUAAACAGCUUUUCGAGAUGGCGUGCGGGCUGGAAGAAGCUGCGCAUAAUUUCUUAUGGGUGGUUCCGGAGAAGAAGGGAAAGGAGGAUGAGAGCGAGGAGGAGAAGGCAAAGUGGCUACCGAAGGGGUUCGAAGAGAGGAACGCAGAGAAAGGGCUUAUCAUCAGAGGGUGGGCCCCGCAGCUUGUUAUCCUGGCCCACAAUGCUGUCGGGGCCUUUCUCACGCACUGCGGUUGGAACUCUACUUUAGAAGCAGUUACAGUUGGAGUUCCCAUGUUGACAUGGCCGAUGUCAGGGGAUCAGUUCUACAACGAGAGGCUGGUUACUGUGGUGCGUGGGGUGGCGGUGGAGGUGGGCGCCACCGAGUGGAGAGAAACCAGCUACGGGGAGAGGGAGAAGCUGGUGACCAGAGAUUGCAUCGAGAAGGCUGUGAGGAGGUUGAUGGACGGUGGUGAUGAAGCUGACGAAAUCAGACGCCGUGCACAGGAGUUUUCGGAUAAGGCUAAACAAGCUCUUGAGGAUGGAGGCUCCUCUCACAAUAAUUUAACUGCGCUGAUCGCUCAUCUCACACACCUCAGAGACACACGCUAAUCCUUAUGCCUUUAUGCUUACAUGUUGUAUUUUGAAUAAAUUUAGUAAUGUUAUCGUUUUCUUUCUUUAAUCAUGGAGAUGGAAGCUCUUUUAUUGCA